UGGCGACAUCGUGGCAUAGGCUCCAGGAGCAUCUUACUCAUCCUGAUCUGGGAAUACGCCAUUUCCUGCUCACUAUGCUUCCCGCUCUACAGAAUACAGUAUUUGUUCUCAAGCAAACAAAGCAAGUUUGAUUCUAUAUCAUUGUGGUUGAUGCAGGAGAAGAGUCUGGUUAGCAUUGCAGUUUUAUCCACCAUCUUACUCCCUGUAGUAAGUCUCCUAGCACAGGUGGUUAUUGGUCGAUACAAACUCAUAAGUUACUCUUUAAAGACGCUAUGGUUAUUUUCUGUAAUAGCUUCGCUUAUCUCAAUAUGUGAGGACAAACUGCCUGUGGCAAAAACCAACACUAUUUGCAAUACAACUGCAAAUCGUAUUGAUACCAACUUUUUGGCUUUUUGGGGCAUUUGUGGCCAGUGCAGUUCCACUGGGAAUGGACCAGAUUACCGGUGGAACAUCUGCCAACAUUUCUGCCUUCAUACAUUGGAUCGGUCUUGUAUGAUUGCACUCAUUUGCAAGCAAGCGAAGUCAGCAUGAUAUUAUCUCUGCUGCCAGUCCUACUGCUCUCUGUGGGACUCAUUUUGGACUUUCAUUUCCACCACAAACUGGUGAAAGAGCCAGUGACUGUCAAUCCAGUGAGUCAUAUUUUCAAAGUCUUGAAAUAUGCAGCAAAGCACAAGUAUCCAGUUCAGAGAAGUGCCUUCACAUACUGUGAAAAUGAACGGCCAACAAGACUGGACUAUGGCAAGUCAAAAUAUGGUGGACCUUUCACCACAGAGCAAGUGGAGGAUGUCAAGAC